AUGUCCGAAUCUGCCAUGCCGCCGGCGUCGUCGAGCACGUCGCGAAUGCCGCCAACCUCGUCGCAUCGCCUUCCUACCGUCUCGGCCUCUGAAGCACUGCUUGGUCUCCAGUCGCGCGGUCCUCGGUCUAUAUCCACCGGCCUCGAGCAACUCAACGCCAUCCUCAGCGCCACCAAUGCCGGACUUGGGCGUGGUAAAAUCACCGAGAUUUGGGGGCCGUCGGGCUCAGGCAAGACUUCUCUUGCACUUCAAACGGCAACACAUGCCCUGGGCAAUGGGACUUCGGUGGUCUGGAUAGACGCGACGACGGCCUUUGCAAAAUGCAGGCUGACCCACUUCCUUGCCGCGAAGUUACCUGAGAACGAAGCCGACCAGCACGAGGAGCAAACACUCAGUCGCUUUCAUGCCUAUUCGACUCCUACCGUCGCCCAUCUAUUAGCUCUUACCCUCCAUCCACCACAAACAUUCCCGCCGCCAGGGACCUCCCUAAUGGUUAUAGACAACUUACACGCCAUCUUCGAAGUAUCCUACCCUCGCAACCGCGCAAACACUUUUUCGAGUCACAAGACAGAAGCUGCCAGAUGGGCUGCCGGCCGUCGCUAUGGUAUCAUGGGCACUCUCAUGUCUGCUCUGAAGAAGCUGGCCGCACUGAACGACAUGGCUAUUGUUGUGACUACCGGAUGUGCCACGCGCGUCCGUCCUGGCAGCGGCUUGGGAGCCGUCUUGGUGCCUGGUAUGGGAGGCGCCGAAUGGGAAGCUGGCAUAUCCAACAGACUUGUCAUGCUUAGGGACUUUAAGUUGGGAAGCUGGGCACAACAACAGCAGGACUCCGAGAGUGCGAGAUACAUUGGGCUACAAAAAAAUAACGGUGUUGCUUUUUCCGACGAAGGAGAGACUGGGCAGGUGGUCGCCUUCACCAUGAGCAAGGAAGGCCUCAGGGAUGUCGUCAACAAGAGCAGCACUGCAGACGCUCCCGUCGUGACACUUGCCGCGUCAUCUCCUUCCAAGAGCCGUAAGCGCCCACACGCCGACACUGUUGAUGGCACUGCAGAGGGCCGUGACGAAUACGGCUGGUUCAAUAGAGACGAGGUAGACGCAGAAGGCUUCGUGGACGAUGCAGCUCUGCUCGAGGACGAGGAGGCCGCUGCGAUUGCCGUGCCGGGAGAAGACCAACCUGCCGCUAUCGUCAUUGACGAUUGA